UCUCGCUUUACUAACCUAGCUUCAUUGAAAAUGUUUUUUACAUUAUAUUUUAUAAAUUUAUUGACUUGGUGUAUAGCGCAAAGACAAAAUUUUCUUUUAAUAAUCGUCGAUGAUUUAAGAACUGCUUUAGGUUGUUAUGGCGACUCAAAAGCUUAUACACCAAACAUUGAUCAUUUAGCAAAAAGAAGUGCCAUUUUUUCACAGGCAUUUGCUCAGCAAGCUUUAUGUGCACCGAGCAGAAAUUCAUUUUUAACAAGUAGAAGACCAGAUACCCUACAACUGUAUGACUUUUACAGUUAUUGGAGAACAGAUACUGGCAACUUUACAACCUUACCACAACAUCUCAAGGAAAAUGGAUAUAUUACCAAAUCAAUAGGAAAAGUCUUUCAUCCAGGAAUUAGUUCAAACCAUUCUGAUGAUAGCCCUUAUUCUUGGACAGAAGUACCUUUUCAUCCAUUUACAGAAAAAUAUAAAAAUGUUCCAGUAUGCCAAGCAAAUGUGAGACUAUCACCUACUCAAAAUCUUAUAUGCCCAGUUAAACUUUCGUCAAUGCCAAAUAAAACAUUACCAGACAUAGAAAUUUUGAAUGAAGCUAAAAGCUUUAUAUUAAAUCAAACAGGAAGUACUAGACCAUUUUUCUUGGCAGUUGGUUUUCAGAAACCACACAUACCAUUUAAAUAUCCUAAAAAAUAUCUAAAGUAUCAUCCAUUACAUAAGUUUGAGGUACCUAAUCCAUAUAAAUGGUCAGAGAAUGUGAGUAGCAUAGCUUACAAUCCUUGGAAUGAUUUGAGAACAAGAAAUGAUGUUGAAGCUUUAAAUCUUAAAUUUCCAUGGGAAAAAAUACCAAAAAGUUUUGCUCAAUUGAUCAUUCAAUCGUAUUAUGCUUCUGUAACAUACAUUGAUGAUUUAAUUGGUCAGUUAAUAAAUCAAUUGAAAUUUUCAUCACUUAUACAUAACACUACUAUAAUAUUGAUGUCAGAUCAUGGAUGGUCUCUAGGAGAACAUGCAAUUUGGGCAAAGUAUAGUAAUUAUGAUGUUGCUCUUAGGGUACCAUUAAUAAUGUCAAUACCAGGGCUUACAUUCAAACAAAACAGAGAAAAUAAAAGAGUUGAAGUUACAAAUCAAGCAAGUGCAACACAAAGUUUAUUAAACCAUAAACAAACUGAUGGAUAUUCAAACGAUGUAUCAAAAUGUUAUAAAAAAAACGUUUUCAAUAUUGUAAGUGUAAGGAACUCAUUAAAGAAUCAGAUAAUUAUAGAUUCAUUAGUAGAAUUAGUUGACGUAUUUCCAACCAUCGCAAAUUUAGCAAACUGUUCAAUACCUAUUUGCUCGGAUGAAGAUACAAAAAAGGAAAAUAUGUUCAUAGAACAAAGUAAUCCUCGUGUAGAAAUUGUCUGUAGCGAGGGUAUUACUCUAGUGCCACUUAUGAGAGCUGCGCUACAAAAAAAGUCGCUAUUAUGGAAGAAGGCAGCAUUUGGGCAAUAUCCAAGACCAAGUAUUGAACCUUCCUUACAUCCAAAUAGCGAUGAGCCACGUUUUAAAGAAAUUAUAGCGAUGGGAUAUACUUUGAAAACAAAUAAAUAUCGUUAUACGUUGUGGUUACGAUUUAAACCUGAAAUGAAGGUACCAGAUUGGAACGAUAGUAUUGCAGAAGAAUUAUACGAUCACGGUGAUGACGAGGGUGAAACUCGAAACUUAGCAACUUCGCAAACACAUGCUGGGAUAAAAAAUGAAUUGAAAAUUAUGUUACAACGCGGUUGGAGAAACGCUUUACCAGGUACACUUACCAAAUAAAUAAUUCGUAUAAAUACUAGCAUGCAUACUCAUACUAUGAGUACAAAUUUAUUAAAGAUUACAUUACUAUCUAA